GUACUCUAUUUUUCAUUCUAUAGUAGAGUAAAAAAUGAGUUUACUCUAUAUAUAGAAUAAGUUAUUUUUUUGUUCAUAACUCUAUUUUUCACUCUAAAAUAGAGUACAAUUGGAGUAUAAUCCAACUCUAUUAUAGAGUUACUCUAUUUUAGAGCGAAAAAUAGAUUGAAUCAUUGGAGAUGGUCUUAAUCGGUAUCUUAACAUUGAGGGCCUAGGAGGCCGAAUAUUUGGCUAGGCACCCUCGUUUUUUAACACAAGUUUCAUCUUUUCUAUAUCCACCGACCCAAAGUUGUGAAACUUUUCUUCCUCAAAUUGCAAAUAGUAUUCAUUUUAUGGACCUUUUUGUUCUCUUCAUCCUUAUUUCGGUCAUUUGGUAACCGUUUCCAAAGGCCACUUCAACCACAAGCGGGUCAGGGUGCAUAUCUCGGUGCACAAACUAACUACAGAGGCGGAUAUAGUAAUAAUAACAACCACAUCUACUACCCAAACUUGGAUUAUGGUUACCGAGGAAGAAACACACAUAUCUGAUCUGAAGUUCUGUCUUCCUAAAAAUGGCUUGGUUGGUCACUCGCACUUCUAGCACUCUGUUUCGGAGUUCAGUUCUUUCGGGUAAAGAACAGCUUUAUGGUAACCAAUAUCUCAAGAUUUGUAGGCAUUAUCAUUUUUGGCAAGUUCGAAGUUCCUUGCUUAACCCUCAGGAGAGAAUGUUGGUUCUCCAUGUAGAGAAACACAAAAGUAAUAUGAACCUUUUGGUAUAUGCAAACCAUCAAAUAUAGAUAAAUACUUCAUAUGCUUUGUUAUUUAAUUUUUAUAUUUUGUUAUUUAAUAUUCUAAUAUACAUAUAAACAUAAAGCAAAUUUUUAACACUUACAAGUUAAGAAUUUCUCUUUUUAUAUAUAACGAAAAAGCACAUUAGGCACUGUAUUAGAAGAUUCCUUAAACUCUAUGAUGACUAAAAGCUUUAUACAAUUAUGUAAGUUACUUGCAGAGCCCAUCUUCGCCUUUACACCAAGGGAAAGAAAGAUACCAAGGCUUUCUCCACCAAUUAGUGUUAAGUUCCUAUAUCCUCUCUCAUACAUCUCACCAAAAAAGCCAAGAACUUGGUCCCAGCCUGGAUGCUGUCUCAUUAAAUCCUUAACCAAAACCCCAGUCCAAGAGCCACAUAAUAAUGCCCAGAUUGUCAUCUACCCAUGCUACAAGCCCUUUCAUCUGGUGUGCCGGCAUCAUCUGUGCCAUCAUCUCUAUUGCUGUGAUAAUUGGUGGCAUUGUAAUCUUUGUUGGUUACUUGGUCAUUCACCCGCGAGUUCCCAUCAUUAGUGUUGAGUAUGCUCACCUCGACCUCUUAAAGUACGAUAUAGUUGGAGUCAUGCAGACGCAGUUAACGAUUGUGAUUCGUGCAGAGAACGAUAAUGCUAAGGCUCCUGCUUUGUUUGAUAAAACCAAUUUUAAGCUAAGCUAUGAAGGUAAAAUAAUAGCGUAUUUAAAACAGGAUGAGUUCGUAGUUGCUAAAGAGAAAUCAGUUUUCUCUCAUUACGUGGUUCAGUCAUCUCCAAUACCAUUGAGUACACAAAUGAAGCAAGCCAUAGACUACGCGAUUAAACAAGAUGUGAUUGUUUUCGAACUUAAAGGUGGGUCAAAGGCUCGAUGGCGAGUCGGGCCAGUAGGAUCGGUCAAGUUCGAAUGUAACCUUAGUUGUGAGCUUAGGUUUAGACCGUCUGAUCACAAUUCCAUCCCAUCUCAUUGCACUUCUUCUCGUAAGCAUUAGGAACUCUUUGUCUCUCAUUUGAUUUUUCUUUUUAAACUUAGUUAAUUAGUUUUUAAAAAUAUUUUUGGGGCCGGUUUUUUUAUUUUCUAUAAUAAAUGUAAUAAACUGUUUCAUAAUAUUAUCAAAUGAACAAUCUUGCCCUCUCUCCCAAA